AUGGCUUCUCUAUCAGUCAUUGUACAUCGGGGCCAGCGUCAGACGUCGUCAGCCUCUAGGCGACGCCCUGCCUUAGAUAACACCCGGUCAUCGCCACCACCGGUGCGCCUGUCAACCAACCCCGAGCCAGUGCAGCUAUUCAAUCCAUUUGUGACCUCUACAAUGCUGCGGACGCACAGUUUCUAA